AUGGCUGGCCAGGCAUCCAUCAAGUGCCGGAAGUACAUGCAGGAUGGCAAGAACCCGCUGCUGCAGCCCUGGAAGGGUGUGAGGUCAGAGGACCUGAUUGUGGAUGCCCUGCUAGGCAUCACGCUCUUCAAGGCGAGUUUUGCUGCCGCGCGUGCACUUGCUGCAGGUGUGAUGGGUGGCCGCUUCCGCUCUGUCAUGCCUAGCGACUUGGCCAACGUGGGGGCCAUCGCCAGGGAGAGCCUGCCCGCCCCCAGCGUGGAGUAUGCCACUGAGGCCAACCGGGUGGAGCUGCGGCGUCUGUUCACCAGGGAUGGGUGCCAUCACUGCGGCACGCGGCGGGGAGCCGUGAUUGGCGACCACAUGCCACCCAACAAGCAGGUGCAGCAGUAUGUGCACACGGCUCGGCGCUCGCUGCUCAACCUUCCAUUCGUCAAGCAGCUUGCCAGUGCUAUGAACAUCCCCACGGCCCCGCCGCGGCAGCGCUUCUACCCCCAGUGCACCAGCUGCUCGCAGAAGCAGUCAGCGGCUAUCCGCAACAACAAGCUGACGCUGGUCUUCCACGAGGUGCUUCACCACGGCGGCAAGAGCCAGGCCUGGCACUUUGCCGGCGCCUUCCUGGGCAUGCGGCACUACCACGGCAGCGACGGCGGCAGGAAUGGGAGCAAGGGCAAGAAUGGCGGCGCCCGGGGCAUGCGGAGAAGCUAG